AUGAGCAUCCAGUAUUCUCACAUCCCGUCCGAAUCGGGAAGCCGCGAGGCGACCCCGCCCCCCAAGUACCCGGUGCUGGUGUUCAUACACGGCGAGUCCUACGAGUGGAACUCGGGCAACCCCUACGACGGCUCCGUCCUCGCCAGCUACGGCCGCCUGGUCGUAGUCACCGUCAACUACCGCCUGGGCGUUCUGGGGUUCCUGAACGCGCGCGGCGAGGCGGCGGGGGAGCAGCGCCGGCCGGCCAACUACGGCCUCAUGGACCAGGUGGCGGCGCUGCACUGGGUGCAGGAGAACAUCGCUGCGUUCGGCGGCGACCCGGGCCGCGUCACGGCCGUGGGCCACGGCACGGGGGCCGCCUGCCUGCACUUCCUCAUGGCCUCCAGCGCCGUGCCCGACGGCCUGCUGUUCCACCGCGCAGUGCUGAUGAGCGGCUCCGCGCUCGCGCCGUGGGCGGCGGCCCGGGACCCCGCCUCCCGCGCGGCGCAGGUGGCGCUCGACUGCGGCUGCGCGCGCAACCACAGCCGCCCCCGGGAGCAGCAGCUGCAGCUGCUUCACUGCCUGCGCCAGCUGCCCGCCGCGCAGCUGGCCGCCGCGCCCUCCCCCUCCUCCCGGGCUUUCUCGCCGCCCGCCUUCGGCCCCAGCGUCGACGGCGUCGUCGUGGACGACGGCGAGCCGCCCCCGCCGCCGCCGCCGCCGGCCGCCCCCAGGUCACUUGGCGCUGCAGUCGCUCUAAGGCCCCUUUUAUGCACGCCGCGGCCCGCGGGGGGCGUGCUGGAGCUGCUGCUGCGCAAGUCUGCCGUGGCGCGGCUGUCGCGCUACGACCUCAUGCUGGGCGCAGUGCGCGCCGAGGCAUACUCGUCCUUCUCGGCCGGCGACGUGCAGUACGGCGUCGAGGCGGACCGCCGCGCCGCCAUCCUGCGGGCCUUCGUCGCCGACACCUACCGGUACCACCAGUCGGAGAUCCUGGCGACGGUUGUGAACGAGUACACGGACUGGGAGCGGCCCGUGCAGCACCCCUUCAACAUCCGCGACGAGACCAUGGAGGCCCUGGGCGACGCGCAGGUGGUGGCGCCCGUCGUGCGCACGGCUGAGCUUCACGCGUCGGGGCGCAAGAGGCCGCACCUCUACGUCUUCGAGUACCAGACCCGCGCCGGGGACUACCCUCAGAGGCAAGGCUGUGUCCACGGGGAGGAACUGCCGUACCUGUUCGGCGCGCCGCUGGUGGGGGGUUUCGGACACUUCCCGCGCAACUACACCAAGGCCGAGGCGCAGCUAUCCGAGACGGUCAUGACCUACUGGAGCAACUUCGCGCGCACGGGGAACCCCAACGACCCCGAGCAGGGCGACUCCGGCGACGACAGCGGCGGCGGCGGCGGCCAGCAGGACGCGACGAGACCGCGGCCGCUGGAGUGGCUGCCCUACGAGCCCGUGCACAAGAAGUACCUCAGCCUGGACCUGAAGCCGCGCAGCAGGUCGCACUACCGCGCCCACCGCCUCUCCUUCUGGCUGAACCUCGUGCCGCAGCUGCACCGGCCCGGAGACGACGUCCCUCUGGCGCACCACGUCCUGGACCAGCCCGGAGGAGCUCGCCCCGCGGGUGGCGAGGGGGGCGGCAGGUCGCCCUCCUCCCCCGCCAGCUCCCCCGCCCCCUGGACCAGCUCCGCCGCCCCUCCCGCGCCGCCGCCGGCCGCCCCCGCCGCCCCCGUGGGAGACCUCGCGCGCUACUCCACCGCGCUGGCGCUCACCGUCGCCGUGGGCUGCGCGCUGCUGGCGCUCAACGCGCUCGUGUUCGCCGGAGCGUGCUACCGCUCGCGGCCCCGCCUCCGCAGCCCGGGCGACGGCGGUGCAGCCGCCCCCGCCGCCGCCGCCGCCGCCGCCGCCCCGCGCGAAGCCCCCGCCGAGAACGGCCGCCUGCCCAACAGCAUCAGCGCCGACCUCUUCAGGUCCGAGGAGAAGCUGCAGGACGCGGAGUACGCCGGCCACCACCGCCUGCUCGAGUUCGCGGCGGUGUCCUUCAAGCCGCCGGCCGACCAGUAG